UGCGUCACAAACGACAUCGACUUCCUCUUCAGACGAGGACGAGAAUCGAAAGACAGAGCUGGUCCGGGCGGCCAUCUGUGUGUCUAAUGCCCUUGUAAAAGGGGAGAUUCUCCUGCCAUGAGAUCCUAAAAGGGAGAGACUGGAAGAGAAGACCCAAGAGAAGUCUUAUUAACUGCCCAUAGAAGGUUGACCUCCACCCUGGAAGAAAUGCCUCAAAGGAUACCCACCACCACCAUACCCAGCACCACCAUACCCACCACCAUACUGCUCCUGGCAAUGUUGGGUUUUGCUGUUGGACAGAAUGAUUGUGGAAAUUGCCUGCAUCUUGAUUCUGGGGCCGUGGUCGGCAUUGUCACCUGUGAUGUCAUCAUCACUGUGCUGAUCGCUGGUAUGGCCUUCUGGGUAUCCAGCAAGGUGCAGAAGAAGAAGUACGAUGCUCAACUGCAGCAGAAAAACGCAACAGAGCCCCCCGACCACACCUACGAACACUUGCGUGGACAGCAGAUGGAUGUCUAUAAUGAUAUAAACACAAUAAAAAAUCACAAAUAACCACAACUGUCACCGAUCUUCAAUCGUCAAGACCUCGUCAGUCGUCUCCAAUCUGCAAUUUUCUUUUGAAAGACGUUGAAAUCACCUUUUAAUCUUGAUGGACGUGAUCUGCUACUGAAAAAUCAGGGAUGAAGUAUCUAAGAGAGUUCAGAAGGUCGUUAUCGACCGCUAUAUAAUAUUGCCUAUCUCUGGUAUUCAAGAUUCUUUGUGUCUGAAGACUUUGUAACCAAUCCAUGUCUCCCUUACGUGUUCUCCGCAAUAGUAAAAUGGAAAGAUGAUUACUGGGGCGGAA